UGACACGUACGGGUUCGAUAAAAAAAGAAGGAAAACAAUGGGAGAGGUUCGGUAUACCCGCAAUUUAUUCCUGCGAGGUAUAUGCAUCAUUUACUUAUUCGCAUUUCUCAGCUUCUACAUCCAAAUCCCAGGGUUAUAUGGCAACAACGGAGUCUUACCAGCCAAGGCGCAACUCGAUUUGAGGGGUGGUAACACUUUGUCGCAAAGAAUAAAACAGAAGCCAACUUUGCUUUGGCUCGCACCAUACAUAAGCCUAAAUACGGAGUAUAUGCUCGAUGUAUUGGCGAUACUUGGGAUUGUUCUCUCAUUUACUGGAUUUAUAUCGCAAAGGUUUUGCACUGCUCCAGUUUUUGCUGGAUUAUGGUCUCUCUACUACUCUCUCUAUCAAGUUGGACAAACUUUCAUGUCGUUUCAGUGGGAUGUUCUUCUUCUCGAAGCUGGAUUCUUGUGCACUAUUGUUGCACCCUUCUGGUACCCCCGCCGAGGAAAAUCCAGCACUCCAUCUACGGCAUUGACAUUUUGGGCAGUUCGUUGGCUACUCUUUCGAUUGAUGUUUUCCAGCGGUGUUGUAAAGCUAACUUCUGGCUGUCCGACGUGGUGGGGUUUGGAGGCCUUGAACGUGCAUUUUGAGUCACAAUGCAUUCCUACUCCCUUGGCUUGGUAUGCUCAUCAUCUACCGGCAUGGUUUCUUCGCUUAACCACUGUAGGAGCAAACGUUUUCGAGCUCGCAAUACCGUUUCUGUUUUUCUUCCCAAAUAGAAAAGUUCGCAUCACUUCGUUCUACUUGCAAGUAUUUCUGCAAGUGAAUAUUAUCGCUACGGGAAAUUACAAUUUCUUCAAUCUGUUGACGAUCUGCCUCUGUAUAUCUUUAUUGGACGACCAAUUCUUCUACAAGAAGAAAGCAAAAAGCAGUCAAUCCGAUUUCGUUGAUUACUUCUCAACAGUUGUCUGUCUUUUCGUAUACGCUGCUGUGAUAUAUGGAACAUACGUGUACUACAACUUGAAAAUAACCGAAGAUUUUACCAUUGAGUCUAAGAUCGCAUUUACAAAAGAGCAGUUUGAUCGUGCUCUAGCCACUGUGGUUCCGAUCUCUAUUUACAUGGGUUUAGCAUCCCUUGGAUUUGUUGUAGCUGAGGCUGUCACCUAUUCAAUCUUAUCUGUGCAAGGAAUUGGUAGCAAAUUACUCAGUACUUUUACCACCAUUAUUUACACUCUUAAUAUUGUGUACCUGUUUGGCAUUAGUGUUGUGCCGUACGCCACGCUGCAUUCUUCACUCAAUUCUACAGUCCCAAGUCAACUCAAGCAUAUGUAUUCAGACGUAGAUCAUCUGCAUCUGGUUAAUAGUUACGGAUUAUUCCGACGAAUGACAGGAGUGGGAGGAAGACCAGAAGUUAUUAUAGAAGGAAGCAACAGCAUAGACGGACCUUGGCGAGAAUAUGAAUUCUUAUACAAGCCAGGAAAUGUCAAUAAUUCUUUACCUUUUGUUGCACCACAUCAGCCUCGUCUAGAUUGGCAAAUGUGGUUUGCUGCACUAGGAACAUACCAUCAAAACCCAUGGUUAAUGUCAUUAGCCUAUAGACUUUUGUCGGGACAACCGGAAGUACUGGCACUUAUUAAUCAGGCUCAGAAUCCGUUCAGAGACAGCCCGCCUAAAUACAUAAAAGCAAGCCUCUACCACUAUCAUUACACCCCAUGGAGUCAAAGACACAGUUCGACCUGGUGGACCAGGGAGAAGAUUGGCGAAUACUUCCCGAUCUUCAGCAAAGAUCACCCACCACUAUUGGAGUAUUUAUCGAAGAUGAAGAUCAUCCAAGACAAGCCUGAUGAGCAGAGUGUGAACCCGUCUUUGAAAUUAAUUCUAGACAGCCUGAGAGCUGUCGUAGGAAGAGUAGAAGCUAGUCUCCUUUUAUGGAGUGUAUUUACUGCGGGAUGUGCAAUAAUUAUGAGCGGUUAUAAUCGGGUGAAACACUAAAUCAUGUUGAUCAAUUGACCUUGUCUAAUUUGAAAAGUUGUUGAUACUAAUACCGUAUAUCGCAAAAGUCCCAUGUGGAUUCCAGGUCUGAAUAGAAGUAACGAAAUUAGACACUAUUGAAUUGAUGUUAUACACGACACAAUUAUCAUCAUACAAAAGCUGAAAAGACUUCCACAUUUGUUAAUAUCGUAUAAACGGAUAAUUUAGCGUGGAGGCUAUUUACUGUACUUGUUUACAUAGCAGGCAUACUUUUUACAAGAAAAUGUCAACUACCAAAUAACGUUAUGAAAGUGGUGAUUAUUUAGUUAAACACCAUUUGUUAAGGAGAUUAUAUUCUUCUGUUCGACAAUGUAAACUAUACAAUCAUGCAGAUGAUGUACCUAUUUGUUGAAGUUUGGACGGUGUAGUUAUAACGUAAACGGUCUAAAAUGCAGGUGAAAUAUUUUUAGUAAUCCCAACUGGAUAUAAAGUGUCUGUAUCGAGGCUCUCUGAAAUAUGAUUCUUAAAUUUGUACUCAUUUCUACUUAAUUAUUCAUAAUUAAAUUCUGGUUGAAAUCAAUUUUUGAAAAGUUCAUUCCACUUAUAAUUAUGUACGUGAAAUUAAUUUUCUGGCAUUCCUGUGAAUGUCAUUAAAACGCAUUUCAUUACUUCUAAAAUACCAACAAGUAAGAUAUCUACAGGCGAUCCAUAUAGUUGUGCAGACUUGUCUAUGUCUACUAAUUGCGUUAUCUGAUUUCUAUAUAAAAUUAAGUACGUGAUGAUUGGACCACAGAUCCAUUCAUAAUUAAAAAUGACAGAACUAUAAGUCUACAUGGAAGAAUUCAAUCAGUUAUCAGUGAAAUAUCACCGAUCCAUUUGGAUCUGUAUUUUAUGACUUUUUGAAAACUUACAGUGAUUAUUUAUAGAUUUCGUGAACUAAUACUUUGUUAUGAUACUAGUGUUUAUUUUGUAUCUAUUUUUUUUUUUUAAAUUCUGUUUUACAUUGUCUUUCCAAUAUUUUAGUAUAUGUAUGUGUCCAGAAAACAAUGUGAACGUUCGUUCUAGCUCGUCCUAUUUAAUUUACUUUUUACUAUUAUCCCAUAAUCUUUUAAGUAAUAGCUAUUUAUAUGGAUUUUUCUUUCAAUUUAAAUAUUACUCACGAUUAUUACUAACGCGUUGUUAAAAAAAAUAAAAGUACAUCCAAGGAAUUUUUUUGUCUUUUGUACUAUGAAUUUAUUAAUUAUGCAUUUUUCAUUUCAAAUGUGUUCUAUGACUUUGCUUUAUAAAACUGAAAGACUAAAUAAUAAAAAGAUAAAAUAAUCCCAAGUCUUCUAUACGCCUUAUGUAAAUUCGAUAAAAUAAAGAAAAUACCUGAAGUACA